GGACACGGACGAAGACGGUGUAGGAUAUGAGACUUUUGGCGAGAGUUUAGAACUAGAAGGAUGGGAGGAUGAACGGGAGAUAGAGAGGAAGUUGGAACUUAGUCGGCGUCCGUGAUGCCCGUUCAUGCCCUUGAGCUUGCAAAACCAGUCCUUCUUCGAACAAGUUACUCGGGCAGUGGACGACCUCUGUCGACAAUGCGGGAAAGAAUGUUGCCGUAUGGAAGGUCAAGACUAAGUUUCAUGGGACACGGCCUCUACAUCAUCCAGCUCGCUUCUCAACAACAAACGCGCGUCGGUCACCGGCUCGACCUCCUCCAGUUUUUCGGUCGAGAACGAAACGUCGAACCCAGGAACGUGCUCCAGGCUGCUGAAACUAUUUGCACGCAGCUGUUAGCGGGAUGCAAAGGGAUUUGUGGACGGAGAGAGGGAUUGAGCUGCGGCAGUGACGAAAGCACGGUGUCGCAGAACCUCAGAAUAAUCAGGGCGUCCGGCAUAUUGGUAGACGACCCUUUCCGACUACGUAGGAUUUCCGUGUCUCGGAGAAGGGUGAUCAGUCCGUUUUUAUCCUGUAUCGUCUUGGCGGGCCCCACGUUUGCCGCUGCCCCAAACUCUACACCCCAGCCUACUGACGGGGAAAGACUUGUAUCCUUUAAAACGUAAAAGGGGAUCAGAUUGAAUGCGAUCUCCUGCAAGUCGUUCCCUUCAGCCUCCACUUACGCAAAGCAUAAAGUC